GCACGACUUGCCAGGCCCUUAUAAUUCACGACCAUGAGCGAAGCAUUGAACGACCAGAACGUCGAGUUUCACUUGGUGGCGAUCUUCGAAAAACUCGAGGCCAUCAAAAAUGAACAGAUCAGCACGGCGGUCAGCAUCAAGGUGCCCAUGCAAGUCGAGAUUCGCACCUUGGAGUUUUGGAGAAGUGUCACGUCCGAGUGUUUGGCCUCUUUUAUUUAUGUUUUUGUCGUAUGCGGGGCUGCCGCAGGGACCGGCACCGGGACCACGUCGUUCUCCUCGAUUCUACUAGCGACCGCUUUGGCGGCGGGCUUUGCCGCCACCUCACUCACACAAUGCUUCGGACAUAUAUCAGGGGCUCACAUUAACCCGGCUGUGACAGUGGCGAUGGGGGCGACAAAAAGAAUAACAGUUCUAAGGACCACUUUGUUUAUUCUGGCGCAAUGUGGCGGCGGAAUAGCGGGAGCGGCAUUUUUAUACACGGUAACGGUGCCUGGGUACCAGAGCAACUUGUCGGCCGCUGUGGCACAUUCUGCAAUGAUUGCGCCCUGGGAAAGAUUCGGAAUCGAAUUUAUUUUGACUUUUAUCGUCGUCUUCUCCUACUUUGUAUCCAUGGAUACCUAUAGGAAGUGGAUAGGUACAUCUGCUCUUACGAUAGGGUCUACAUACUCAGCGUGCUCAUUUGUAUCUAUGCCAUAUUUGAAUCCAGCUAGAUCACUUGGACCUUCUUUUGUGUUGAGCAAAUGGGAGAACCAUUGGGUCUAUUGGUUGGGCCCUAUGUUGGGGGGGCUAGUCUCCGGUCUUAUCUAUGAAUACAUAUUCAAUCCAAAGCGCUAUAAGAAAAUGCCCGACAUCUCAGACGAUGAUUCGUCCAGUAUUAGAUCCGAUGAGGAUAAUUAUGAUGAUUUAGAUAAGCCAACUCCACCGAAAUUCCACGGGUCCACAUACAACACCUACCGUUCGGCCAAUGGGGAGAGAGCUACCAACCACGCUGGCUAUUGCCCUAGCUUAACCACCGCGAGUUUAUAUUCAGCUCCACCUACCAAACUGGAAAGAGUAGAAUCAAUUUAUGGCGGUACCAAGUCGUUAUACUGCAAAUCGCCGCCGUUAACAAGAGCCAAUUUAAAUAGAAGCCAAUCGGUGUACACCAAGUCGAACAGCGCUCUAAAUAGAGACGUGGUCCCUAAACCUGGUCCGUUGGUGCCCGCCCAAUCACUAUACCCGAUGAGGUUGAAUCAGAAUCAGAAUUACGUGCAAAAUCAGAACGCCCAGAACCAAAUGCAGCAAAGAUCCGAGAGUAUCUAUGGUGUGAGAGGUGUAACCCCCGGUACAGCUACCAGAACCGCUGAACAGAACUACACCACGACUGAACGUGCCGUUUACGGAACUAGAGCCAACUCGAACCAAACAAACGAAGGAAAAUACGACGAUAACGCUUCAAGUAAAGGUUCAACCUCUAGAAGACCAGAAUCUAUGUACGGGUUGCUAAGCUCGCAAGCUAGAAGGGCUCAAGCCGCCCAAUCGGAUACGGAAACUGGAUACGUAUCGUCUUCGUCGCGCUCCAAUGCUCCAGGGGGCAGUUACAAUGCCGCCCCUAACUACCCCUUACCUCCAAACCCCAAUAGUUAUGCCCCGAGGACCAGCAGUGAGAGCAGGCCGCCGCCACCGUCCGCCAGUGGCGGUGGUUCAUAUCACCACCAGCACGCUCAGCAUUCACCAAAUCCGCAGUAUUGACCAAAGAAGACAUGGCUGUAGAGAUAAAUUUUGUUAAAAUACCAGACAUGCAUGUCCAAAGCAGAGAUCCGCUUAAAGAAGAUUGUAAAUAUUUUAUUAUUUAUUCAUGAUGUUUGGAUAAAUUUACGUAGCGAUCUCUCGAUGGAUGAUAUUGACUUGUUGUUGAAGAGGCAAGCAUAGAUU